CGGAAUUGUUCCCUCCGCAGCCGUUUUCUCUUCCGUCGGUACUUGUAAUCCGUAUCCAUUGUCCGGCGCAUUGCAUCUCAUACCAAAUUGUGUUAUUCUAGUGCUUCCAUGUCAACUUCUUACUUCUCCAAUCUCCCUCCUCCCAGCUCCAGAUAUCGCCUUAACCCUCCCGCGUUAUCGAAAUUAUCUCUGCCGCAGCUUCGGACCUCUAUCGUCACUGCCUCCUUACAGUUACAGAACGCGAGGUGGCGGUUAUCAUGCUCUAGACGUGAACACACUUCUUUGGAAUCUGUCAACUACGAGUCUGUAGAUGAUGAUAUUCCACAAGUGGUGAACUCGGAAUUCGAUCAACCCAAUAAUGCCAAGAGCGACUUGGUAUUCCAUCUUAAGAAGGCUUUUCAUGCUGUUCUUCACAUUGAACCUUGGACAGUACCAUGGACAGUAAGGACUAUUGUGCAGGUAAUGCUUCUAUGGAUUGCUUCAUUCUGGCUGGUAGGGUCUUGGAUAAUUCCAUUCCUAGCACAUUCUGCAGGUUUCAGAAAAGAGUCUCUCACGUAUCAAGGCUUAGCCUUGUACAGUCUAUUAACUGAUGCUGCUGGAGGUAUUGCAGGGAUGGCAAUCCUCCAUCGUCGUCUUGCAAAGUUUUUUCCACUUCCAUCCAAUUGGUUCAAAUUUAGCUUAGGCGGGAAGUGGCAUUUUGAUGUUGGCUUGUGCUGCGUUAUGUUUCCUUUGAUCAAUCGACUGUCACAGACAUCAGGGGGGACCAUUUGGUUUCAAGUCUAUUUCUGGUUCUGGCUUUUGCCUCCUCAGAGCUUCCUUUAUGUCCACCUCUUUCUACAACAGCCGUGGGGACCUUUGUCUGAUUCUCCAUUUGCGAUUGUGCAUGCAGACGAGCUCAUUUCCAAUGGCUUCCUCGUGCCUCUCUUCUUCAAGCCGAUGAGCAUGGAGGCGUAUGAUGCUUCUGACUCCAUGCCAACGACUCCUUCCACUUCAGUUGCCCAGAACGAGAUGCUGCAGUCAUCCGGGAGGAUCCCCUGCCCGUCCUUGAGAAGCUGUCGACGAUUAUCCAGGCAGUUUUUCCAGAAAUACUUGGACUUUCUUCGCCCCAUAUGCCAGAAACUACAGAGGUGCAGGUUCCGGCCUAGACACAGAACCGCGAAUUCAAGAAUGCAGGAAAUGAAGAAGUGGGCGGAUUUCUCGUCCGCAACAUCCCCCAGAACAAGCAGCGUCGAUAACUGGCGCAGGUCCUUCGACUCUGAGAGCUCGAUUUACGAGGCUGUGCUACAUUGCAAAAGGACCAUUGGCAAUAAAUGAGUAGAUGAGAGGCCAGAAGGCGUUGAUGAGUCCAUUGUUCCUCUGUCACUUUCUUGUUUUCUUCAAGAACGCUGUUGUAAAUUUGUCUUCUUUGGGGAAGUGGAAGCUGUACAAAUGCAUCACAGAUGGAAGAGUUUCAUCUCAGCAAAGAUAAAAUUCUCAUUCUUUUUUUUUUUUUUCUUCCCCCUUUUUCUUUGGGUCUUUUAGUCUGUAAAACAAUUCCUAGCUGUUGCAUUUUUCCUUUUUAUAAAGAUAUUAUUAAUAUAAUUCUUAUUUCAUGCGUUCCAAA